AUUGCUACAACUGCCCUAACAACAACUGCUACAACAACUGCUCCAACAACUACAACUGAUACAACAACUGCCUCAACAACAAAAACUGCUACAACAACUACCCCAAAUACAACUAUCCUUACAACGACUACUGCUACAACAACAACUGCUACAAGAACAAGCGCUACAACGACAACAACUGCUACAACGACUGCCCCAACUACAACAAUUG